AUGUCCGUGCUGGAAAUGCGAUUCAAGUUGUUUACAGUCAUUGCAGUUGCAGUAGCUGGUCAGUUCCACAGAGGCUUGCUGGAGCUCCGCAGUGCUAUAACGCAGCAGCUGCAGCAGCAGCAUCGCUCCGCUCCACUCGUUUGUGGAUCUGUUCGGACAGUGGUUGGACGUGUUGGUCAUACAGUGACUUUACCAUGUACAUAUGAUGUAGCAGCUCUCGGAAUAUCAAAUGUUUGUUGGGGGAGAGAUCAAUCUUUGUUUAGCUGUGAAUAUACCCUCAUCACCACUGAAGGACUGAGUGUAAACUUCAGAAAGUCUCACAGAUACAGUUUAUCCAGGCAGGUCCACAUGGGUGACGUUUCACUCACCAUUAAGCAGGCACAAAGUGAGGACACUGGAUUUUAUAUAUGCCGUGUUGAGAUACCUGGAUUAUUCAAUGACAUCAGCUUGUCUGUUUACCUGAUUAUUAUAAAUGGACUACAGCUAUUCAACAUUACUACGUUUACUACUGUUACCCCAACUGCUGCAGAGACACAAACACCAGUAUAUGAAGGCCUACACCAAAUCAACAUUUUUACAGAGAAGAAUGUUUCCCCCACUUCUGCAGAGAUUCAAACACAAGGACUACACCUAUUCAGCACUGUUACAGACACAAACGUUUCCCCCACUGCUGCAGAGAUGAAAGAACAAGAUUUCACUGGGAAGCCCAGACUUGGUUCAGUGACACAGCUGCUACAUACCGAGGAUAACAUGGAAACAUUUAUCCUAACAACAGUGCGAGCGGGAGCAGUCAUAUUCAUCCCUGGGUUAAUCAUCGCACUUGUAUGGAAACUGAGACGGAAAUAUGGAAACAGCAGUGUACAGGAAAACAGACACCAGCUUAACAUCGUCUUCCAUUCAAACAUGCCUGUGGAGACACCACAAGAGGAGGCUUAUGAUAUAUCAUUUGUUUAAUUCAAUAGUACGACAUUAGGGGGACACGCACAUUACAUGUAACAUCCAAUGUUAUAUAUUAUGUCUAAAGCUAAAUAACGCAUUUUGAUAAAUUUGCUUCAUUAAAAAUCUAUAAAACAUAUCAAUCUUGCAGAAAAGUAACAUCAGUUGUGCUGCACACCUUUCCAUCAUGGGGUCAAUCUGAUUAAAAAGCUGGAGCAUGUGGCUUUUUUCUCCAGGCAGCCCAUAGGCCCAAGGCAAUAUUACUAUUACUUAACUGUAAACAGCAUCAGAUGCUUCUAAAUUAGGGCACACCACUUUUUGGGAGUUCUUGGAUUAAAGGACUAUUAAAAAAAAGUCUUAGCAUAACAUAACAAUUCAGGUUCUUGACUCUGGCAAGAGACCACUGUUCUAUAACUUUUUAUACAGUCCAGUUAAACUAGCCUGAUUUAUAUGGACAAAGAGAAGUCACCAGGCAAAGUCAAUUAAUUACUAAUGAAAAGUCUAAUGGUCUAAUGCCACAGAGUUGACAUUAAAUCACUUUCCACACAAUCAAAUAAAUGAUCUAAGUUGGUGUAUGUAUAUAUCUGAUCCAGCAUAUAAAAAAAAAAAAAAAACUAACUAAAAUAAACAUAUUAUUCAUAACAUAGGUUUUAAAGACCAAUGUUUAAUCAUUUCCCAGGAUAAAACAAUUAUUGUGAAUGAAUGCAAGUCACUGUGUGCAAUAAAGCUGAACGUCAGCAUCAAGUUUUGUUUAUGUCUAUCUAAAAAACAAAUAAAAGAACUACCAGUGAAAACUUAUCUUUCUUCCCCGAACAGAAAAUGAAAAUCAGUUUUUCAUAGCUUACCAUGUUAUUAAUAUUUUUGAUCUGCAUUGUUUGCACAUUGUGUUUUGCACAUGUAUACUCCCUAAGUUAGAUUUAUCUGCCGAGAACUUUGUCUUCUAUGACUACAAAAUUAAGAACUGCUGCCUUAAUGUAAUGUAAUGAUUUGUUAUACAGUGCUCAGAGUGCCUCAGUUUUUCAA